AUGACGGUGACGCUCACCUUUGAUCCGCAAUCGGUCCGCGCAUCCCUCCAUCUCUUGUUCCCCUUCGCCCUUGCCCUCGCUGGCGUCCACGCCGUAUACGGAUGGUUCCAGCUACGUCGGCAUGCUAGGGUCAAGACCCGAUCGGAGGAGAGUAGGAGCCCUGCAAGACGAGGGAGGACAGUGGAGCGGGGGCUCGAGCUGAAUACUGGCGUAAGGCGGGACAUCAAGGAGAAGCCGAAGGUGGAGGAGGCAUCACCCUUUCCCGAUCUUGUCAAUCUGGAUGUCAGCGAGGAGGACAAGUGCCAGGUCAGGGAGGAUAAGAAGCUGUAUCACAUGCUCCAGAAUAUCGAGGACUACCCAGAAAGCAUUGUCCUCGCACGGACUCGCCUAAAUCAGCUACUCGACCAGACCACUUCGGAAGCCCUCUCUUCAUCUUCAUCUUCCAUCCUCUCGGUCCCUUCUCCCGCCGGUCUCGAGCCCUUCUUUGCGGCCAAUCACAAGUCCGCUUCCUCGCGAUAUCAGGCGUACCUCGCUCGGCGGAAGCUCGGCUCCCCUCGUGAGAUCUUCCCAACACGCGAGUUUGCGGUCGAAUGGCUCAAGCUCGCCGCAUGCGUCAAGUACGUCGACGGCUCCUGGAUCGCCAACUCGGUCGGCGCUGGGCUGCGCUCGCUCGGAAGCAACGACAACGCGGACAUCCACUCGUCCCGGACGGAACGGGACCCAGCCAAGCUCGCAUGGCAGGUCAUCUCGGAGGAGUUUGGGGAUGGCGAUCUUCAAAAGAACCACGUUCACGUCUACCACCAGCUCGUCCAGUCCCUCUCGGCUGGUGCUGCCAGCGGGGACGUAGCCGGGUUUGACGGUCUGGCGGGGGAUGGCGGCUCCCCUCGCUGCUGGUCCGCAGCGGUCGCGCAGCAGUGCGUCGGCCUGCUCGCCGGGGCAACAGAGGGUGACUCAUUUCCCGAAGCGCUCGGCUUCAACAUGGCGUACGAGACCCUUCCCUUCCACCUCCUCGUCACCUCGUACGAGCUUCGCGAGCUCCGGAUCGAUGACUACUACUUUGCCCUUCACAUCACCAUCGACAAUCCCGACUCGGGGCACGGCGCAAUGGCUAGGCUGGCAGUCGAGCAGUAUCUGGCAGGCGUGGAGAAGCGGGAUGGGAAAGAGACAGCAGAGCGGAUGUGGAGGCGGGUCCAGGCGGGAGUUUUACUGGCGGAGGGUCUGCCAACUACCCCGUCCGGACCGGUCGAGUAUGGGUGGGAUCAGGGAGUUCAUCGCUGGCGUCCCAUCCCGGCUGUGUCUCCCGCACCUGCCCCUCGGCCCGCCUCGUCCGUCGAACACAACAUGGUCGAACUUCUUCACCGUAAGGCCAAGGCCUCGGAACACAUGCACUGCCCCUCUCGCCUUCAAUUCGCCGGUCAGACACUGGAGCAAUGGCUCGACCCCAUCGCCUGGACAUCGGAGAGGGGACUCGCUUUCCUCAGGGCGCUGGCGGAUAAGAGGCCGUGGGUGGUCAAGGGGGAUGAUGCCAAGAGUCGGCUUGUCAGGGAGCUGCAGUGGGGAGGGAGGAUGUUUGGCGCAUUCUCAGACAUGGAGGUCAAGACUCUGCGGAGCUGGAUAGUGGGACUAGGGGAAGAUAGCGAGCUGUCCACAGUCGGAGCGUAUCAACGAUACAUCGGCGAGGCGGUCACUCUUACUUCGAACACCAGUAGCGCCCAACUCACCGUCCGCACCGGCGAUGCCCUUCACUCUACUGCGCCAUCUCGCUUUUCCCAAGCUGCAUCGACUCUCCUCCCGCAUCCUACGGCCGAGACUCUCGACUUUGUCCUCUCUCGCCUCACAUCUGCCUCCUCCCUUCCACCCGUAUCGUCUCUCCCGUCGCACCUCCAAGCCGCCCUCCUUCUCACCUCCCUCUCCUUGCUCGAUCUCUUCCCUCUCCAUCCCGCCAAAUUCGCCUCUCCCGUCGGCUGCACCGUCCUCCGCAUCAUUCGCGCCCAACUCGGUUUCCCCGCCUUGCAUCGUACCGAGGAUAUCUGCUCGGGAACGGACGAGGUGGAUUUGAAGGGAUUGUGGGAGGUGGCGGAAGAGCACUUCAGGUCGGCAAGGUUCACUCUGCCUGGCUCGCUGGUCGAGCUAGCUGCUGUGGUGGAGGCGGAUCAGUCGGCCGAGGCGAGGGAGGUGGCAGAAUUGUGCGCGGAUCUGCUCGUCCUGCGUUUGCACCCGUACAAGCAGGCGCCCCUUCUUCUUGGUUUCACGGCGGGGAUGACGGGUAUGUGGGAUGCGGUCGUCGGCCAGGUGGCGAUCGUCAAAAGGAUACGAGGGGACAUCGAGGCUGCGAGCAUGCAGUAUGACGCUGAGCAGCUGAGUGAAGGGGACAGGGCGCUAUUCGAGGCGGGGAAAGCGAAGUUUCUGGGAUGA